CAGUAUGACAUGGCAGAUGAGUGCGUCGAUCUUAGAAUCACCGGCACACUUCACUCAUUUGGGCAGUCACGGGAGCCAAAACCAGAGUGUGGAGCCACAGUUGUGGCGGUUGGACAGGUGGGCAGCUAGCAAUGGGAGGCCAUACAGCACCUAUGACAAAAUGGAACCCACCAGCAGUGUGAGGAGACUCUGAAAGUGGCACAUGGCGAGUGUGGCGAUGGUGGGGAGGACAGCAGCAAUGGGAGGCCGGUACAGGGGACCCAUGACACACUCUGGACCUCUGGCGAGCAGCAUGAGGAGGCGGUACAGGGGCCAUGACAGGAUUCCAGGGCCCCUGGCAGCAGCAGUGGGGGGCAGCGCAAUGGAAGGCCCUCGCACCCUAUCACAAAAUGGAACCCACCAAAAGUGAAGGAGACCCGAAAGUGGCCAU